CCAAACCUUUUCUCAUCUCACCUCGUCACCUUCGCAACCCUAAGCCCAACCAGCUCCUUUCACCCUUCUGAAAACGAAAUCGACAAACUUGAAUAUCCAACCAUAUUUAACGACCCGACAAAGAUUUCCGUCACCGACCGCCUACACAAACUCUUCACUUCACCAUGUCUACCAACAUGGACGACGAUAUCGACAUGGACCCCAGUCUCCGCGACCACGAGGAGCAGAUUGUUGUUGACAAGAUCAUCAAUGAGGAGUACAAAAUCUGGAAAAAGAAUGCGCCAUUUCUUUAUGACCUAAUCUUGAGCUCCGCAUUGGAAUGGCCGACAUUGACCACUCAAUGGUUCCCCGAUAAACAGAAACACACAGGGAAAAACUAUUCGACCCAUCGCCUACUUAUCGGGACGCACACCAGCGGUAACGACACUAACUAUCUCCAAAUUGCUGAAGUGCAGCUUCCGAACCCAGUCACUGAACACGAUCCGAAUCGAUACGAUGAAGACAAAGAGGAGAUUGGCGGCUACGGGGGCGGGGCAGAAUGUCGUCUACACAUUCAGCAGAAAAUGGUUCACGAGGGAGAGGUCAACAAGGCGCGGUACAUGCCGCAGAAGCCUGACUUGAUUGCUACAAUGUGCGCAGACGGAAAUGUGUUGGUGUUUGAUAAGACCAAGCAUCCCCUAAUGCCUACCAAUACUUCUAAAUGCACUCCACAGAUGACUUUGGUUGGCCAUGGAAAAGAGGGUUACGGGUUGAAUUGGAAUCCUCAUAAAGAAGGCCGCCUGAUGACCGGAUCUGAAGAUUCUACCGUUCGGCUUUGGGACCUCAACUCUUAUACCAAGACUAAUACAACCCUACAUCCUAUCCACACUUAUACCCACCAUUCAGCUAUCGUCAAUGAUGUCGCCUACCACCCUUGCCAUGAUGCUCUUUUCGGUUCCGUAUCGGAUGACCACACCCUUCAAAUCGUGGAUACCCGUUCCUCGGAUACCACGACUGCCGUGCAUAAAGUUGUGGCCCAUGCGGAUGCCGUCAAUUCGAUCGCCUUCAAUGCGGCUUCUGACUAUGUUGUCGCAACGGCAUCUGCAGACAAGACCGUUGCCCUAUGGGACUUGCGCAAUCUCAAGUUGAAGUUACAUUCUCUCCAGGGCCAUAAUGCGGAGGUCAACGGACUGAGCUGGCACCCACAUGAAGAGCCCAUUCUUGCCAGUUCGAGCGCUGAUAGAAGGAUCAUCUUCUGGGAUUUGGCCAGAAUUGGUGAGGAGCAAUCUCCGGAGGAUGCCGAGGAUGGACCACCUGAGCUGUUGUUUAUGCACGGUGGACAUACCAACAGAGUUUCAGACUUUGCCUGGAAUCCGAACGAUCCAUGGGUGAUGGUAAGUGCUGCUGAAGAUAAUUUGAUUCAGUGUUGGAAAGUCUCUAGCGCCAUUGUCGGCAAAGAUAUGGAGGAUGUCCCUGUUGGGGAGUUAGAAACGUAAACUUGAUAGGCAAAAUUCUGCCGCUAGUAGUAGCUUGCAUGUUCAAUAGUUUUACCCAUUCAUUUCAAAGCUCUUUUUGAGCUAACCCUUCC